AUGGAACCGGCCACGGAGCGAGAUGAGACCUUCUGGGCUCCGGGAACAGUUACGCUCGAGGACUUGCAUCGCUCAACGGACAAGGUUGUCCUGCAUCCCAAGCCGACGUCCGACCCCAACGACCCCUUGAACUGGUCCGCCACUCGCAAGACGGUCAACUUUGUUCUCGUCUCCCUCUACGUCCUCCUCACCUUUGUUCAGCUCGACAUCGGCUUCACUGCCUGGCAGCAGUACCAGGACGAGUUGGGCUUCUCCAUCAGCCUACUCAAUGCCGCUGCCGCCAUCAACUACGCCGGGCUUGCCGUCGGCUGCGUCUUCUUCGUGCCCCUGGUGCAGAAAUACGGCCGCCGCCCCGUGUACAUCUUCAGCACCGUGCUGCAGCUCGUAUCGUGCAUCUGGUUCGCCGUCACGCAGACCACUGGCGACCUCGUUGGGAGCAACCUGAUAUCCGGCCUUGGCGGUGCCAUCUCCGAGACCAUUGUGCAGAUCACCAUUGCAGAUAUCUUCUUUGUUCACAAUCAUGCCGCCAUGAACGGCUGGUACCUGCUGGCCACCUUUACCGGCGCCUACCUCGGCCCCGUCGCCUCGGGGUACAUUGUCGAGAACCAGGGCUGGCGCUGGAUGUGGUGGUGGUGCGUCAUCCUCUUUGGCGUGAACCUGGUCCUCAUCCUCUUCUUCUUCGAGGAGUCCAAGUACGUCAGCGUUAUCCAUGGCCAGUCGGCUCCAGCUCCGCCGCGGGACGCGGACGGUCCCAGCGAUGGCCUCAAGAAACUGCACAGCGACAACAAGGACGGCGAGCUCGUGCACACGCAGUCGAUGAGCCACCUGGAUCCGUCGAUCCCUAUGCGCUCGUACCGUGAGCGGCUUGCCCUGCUGACGCCCACCGGCGGCUCCAUCCUCUUUGACAUGUACAACCCCGUGGUGCUGCUCUUCCGCUUCCCGGCCAUCGCGUACACAGCCAUCACGUACGGCAGCCUUCUUGCCUGGUUCGCCGUCUUGAUCAGCAUCCAGGCGACGUAUCUUUUCGAGCCGCCAUAUAAUUUCUCUGCAGCCGGCGUCGGCCUCAUGAAUGUGGCGCCUUUCGUCGGCUCUAUUCCUGGCAUCAUCAUCGGAGGAUAUCUCAACGACAAGUCCAUCAUCUGGCUGUCGAGACGCAAUGGAGGCAUCUAUGAGCCCGAAAUGCGGCUGUGGAUUGCCCUCCCGGCGGCCCUUGUCACUCCGGCUGGCAUAUUGAUGUUUGGGCUGGGUCUUGCAUACGAAGCUCCGUGGCCGCUUCUCGCCGUCGGGUUCGGCAUCUUCGGCUUCGGUCUCAUUGUCGCCGGCGACAGCGCCCUUUCCUACGCCAUGGACUGCUACCACGAUAUUAUCGGGAAUGCAUUGGUGGGUGUCGUGUUUACGCGCAACGCCAUCUCCGUGGUGGUCCUGUUCGCCCUGACGCCAUGGGUCUCGGCCAUGGGGUUGCGCGACCUGCAUAUCCUCAUCGGGGUGCUCAGCUUCGUCAUCCUGCUCUUGCCCGUGGCGUUGCUCGUCUGGGGCAAGAAAGCGAGAAUCGCGACGGCGAGGUCGUAUAUGGAGAUGGCGCGCCGCCAGCCGACACGCCGCGAUGUCUGA